AUGAGACUGCGCCCGUCGACGCCCCUGUCGGUGCUUCUGGCCGUGGCAUUGGGCCUCCUCGUGCUGGCCGUCAUAUCGACACCCGUCAUCAAGCAGAUACCGCUGGGCGAGUUCAACGGCUACAAGUUUGGCGUGUUCGGCUAUUGCGACGCCGACGACAAGUGCAGCAGCAUCGGCAUCGGCUACAAGGACCUGGGUGACACCCUCUCCAGCAACGAUGACGCCUUUGACCUGCCCACCGGCGUGCGCGAGACCCUCUCGGCCGUCCUGAUCCUGCACCCCGUCGCCGCCGGCCUGGUCCUCGUCAUGCUCAUCAUGGCCAUCAGCUCCCACUUCCACGCCCCGGCCCACUCGUCCAGGUUCCUGCUCGCCUUCUUCAUCUUCACCAUCAUCACCAUCCUCGUCUGCCUGGCCGCCUUCCUCAUCGACGUCCUCAUGUUCGUCCCCAACAUCGCCUGGGGCUCCUGGAUUGUCCUGGCCUCCACCAUCAUGGUCAUCCUCAGCGCCGUCGUCACCUGCGCCAUGCGCCGCUCCCUCAUCAGCCGCAAGAACCGCCGCAAGCUCGUGGUCGAGAACGACGAGAUGAAUGGUCAGACCUACUACAGCAACGAGGCUGCCAAGCCCGUCGAUCCCAUGGCACCGGCCGCCAUCCCCCUCAUCGGCACUGUCACGAACACCUCCGCCACCGGCGACAACCUCCCCGCCUUUGCUACCUUUGAGGACCAGAAGAAGGACGAUCAGGUCAGCGACGAGCGCGUGCCCCUGACCCGGAAGCCCUCGUCUACCUCGGGCCCCCAGGGCAGCGUCUCUGCCACCGACCUCUCCAGGACACCCCCCCGUGCCGACCGUUACGGCAACCCCAUCAACGAUGCCGGCGCCUAUGGCGUUGCCAGGAAUCCCACCAGAGGCCCGCCUCUCCAGAACGGCUAUCGUGGACGUGGCGGCCCUUAUGGUGGUGGCGGCUACGGCGGUGGCGGCGGCGGCCGCGGCGGCUAUGACACGUAUGCCGGCGGCGCCCCUCCCAUGCGUGGACGAGGAGGCUACGGCCCUCCCGGCAGAGGAGGUGGCUACCCCAUGCGCGGGCGUGGCGGAUACGGACCCCCUACCAGAGGUGGAUACGGGAGGAGCAGGGGUGGUUACGGCGGCGGCCCGACCCCGCCCCCUCCCGGUCCCGGCUAUUACGACAGCCGGCGGCAACCGACUGCAGACCCCUACGGCCCCGGUUCGGGCUCGCGGCAAGCCUCUGCCGACGACUACAACUCCGCCAGCAACCUGGUCCCGGCUGCGGCGGUCGGGGCCGGGGCCGGGGCCGGGGCCGUCGUCGGCGGUGCCCUCCCGCAGUCGUUCUCCAACAGCAGCAGCAACUACGAGCCGUACAACCCCGACGCACGAGCACCAGACCUGCCCCGCGCAGAGUCCCCACCUGCCAUGGGCGACGGCGUCGGCGUUGUGGCAGCCGGCAACCUUCGCGACGAAGUCCCCCCCGUUGCUGCUGCCAACGAUGGCGGUCCCGUAGAGAUGGAUGCCACACCUGCCCCGCCGAAGAGGGAGUAUACACCGUACAACGGUGCACUGCGCGAAAGUGACUCGGACGUUGUCGGCAUGGUGGGGCUGCAGCAGGGGAGGCCGCUCGAUAGGCAUAACACUUAUAUGAGUGACGGAAGCCGGUACAGCACUGAUGAUCAAUUCCACCCCGCCCGCACAGGGUGGACCCAGCAAGACCGCACCGCCUCGCCACUCAACGUCCAGCAGCCGACGGGCAACCUCGUCCGGAGCGGAUCAGGAAACUACUACGAAGACGUAGACCCCCGAUUCCAAUCAUCACCAAACCUCGACCGACAACCCCCGCAGCAGUCCCAGCGACCCCCGCAGGCGGUGGGCUACGACGAGGACGUGCACGCCCUCAACAACGGGGCCCGCAGCCCCGCGGAGUCUGAGAGAUCCACUUUCACCUCCAUCUCUCAACGGGGCAUAAACCCGUACUGGAACGGUGGUGGUCCGGGCCCCAGCGGUCUCGGCCCCGCCCAAGCACCUCCGCCCUUGAACUAUGGCGGCGGCGGCGGCGGCAUACCCCCCCGGAGACCCGUGCCCGCCCAGCAGCAGAGACAGGAUAUGCUGCUGGACAAUCCGGAUUUCCAGCUUCCCGGCGGUGCAGGCGCAAGCAAGCCCGGGACGGGUGGAGGGCGUAUGCCGCCUGCGGGUACUGUGCCGGGAAGUGCGUACCCUGGCGGCGGCAUCUAG